AUGUCAACACCCACACCCAAACCACCCAUAACCUGCCACAUCCUCGACACAACCCUCGGCCGCCCCGCCCCCUCAAUCCCCGUAACCCUAACCCUGCACAACCCCUCCUCCCAAUCUACCCCUUCAUCAACUACCACCCCCCUCAAAUUCACAGCCACAACAAACACCGACGGCCGCGUAACCGCCUGGACCCCAGCGACACCUUUCUCCACACUCAGCCUACAAGACGUGUACACGGCGCAAGCAGGUGACGCCAGGUUCAGCCUAACGUUUGAUACCGGUGCCUAUUUUGAACAAAGGGGUAUUGAUGCGUUUUUUCCGGAGGUGGUGUGUCGUGCCGAGUCAUUCGAGUAUUGUACAGUAGGAGGGUUAUUCGUGGGUCCAGGGCGCGACAUUUGGGGUAAAGGUGAAUUGGGAGAUGCUUGA